AUGGCAACUUUAGAGCAGCAAGCUUCUAAACUUUUAGAUUUCAACCAAAAACUUGAUAUAAAUCUUCUUGAUAAUAUUGUUGGAUGUCUAUAUUCUACUGUUGGAGAUCAACAGAGAGUUGCACAAGAUAUUUUAACAGCAUUGAAAGAACAUCCAGAUGCAUGGACAAGAGUCGACACAAUUUUAGAGUACUCUCAAAACCAGGAAACAAAAUAUUAUGCCCUACAGAUCUUAGAACAAGUCAUACAAACGAGAUGGAAAGUGUUACCUCGAAAUCAAUGUGAAGGUAUAAAAAAGUAUAUUGUUGGUCUUAUUAUAAAAAAUUCAUCAGACCCUGUUACUAUGGAAAAUAAUAAAGUAUACUUAAAAAAGUUGAACAUGAUUUUAAUCCAAGUGUUAAAAAGAGAGUGGCCCCACAACUGGGAGACUUUUAUUAGUGAUAUUGUUGGUGCAUCCAAGACUAAUGAGAGUCUAUGCCAAAAUAACAUGGUUAUCCUAAAACUUCUUAGUGAAGAAGUAUUUGUCUUCAGUACAGGUCAGCUAACGCAAACAAAAGCUAAGCAUCUGAAGGAUACCAUGUGUUCUGAAUUCAGUCAAAUUUUCACUCUUUGUCAAUUUGUUCUUGAGAAUUCACAAAAUGCUCCACUGGUAGAUGCAACUCUACAUACAUUAUUAAGAUUUUUAAAUUGGAUUCCUCUGGGUUAUAUUUUUGAAAUGAAAUUGAUAAGCACCUUAAUAUUUAAAUUUUUAAAUGUCCCAAUGUUUCGUAAUGUGACCUUAAGUUGUUUAACUGAAAUAGCUGGAGUUACAGUAAGUAAUUAUGAAGAACAAUUUGUUGCUCUACUUGUACAGACAAUGGAGCAAUUAGAAGCAAUGCUUCCUCUUACAACUAAUAUACGAGAGGCUUAUGCAGCUGGGCGAGAUCAAGAGCAAGUGUUUAUCCAGAAUCUUGCCUUAUUUCUUUGUACUUAUUUAAAGGAACAUGGACAGCUGAUUGAAAGAAAAGGUCUUACUAAUACCCUAAUGAAUGCACUUCGAUACCUUGUCUUAAUAUCGGAGGUAGAGGAAGUAGAAAUUUUCAAAAUAUGUUUAGAAUUUUGGAAUGCAUUGGCUGCUGAAUUGUAUAAGAUUGCUCCAUGUGCACAUUCAGCUGGUUUGUAUAGUUUAGGAAAAAGCGUAGGGCGUAAGGCACUAUAUGCUGAUGUUCUAAGUGGGGUCCGGUAUAUUAUGAUAUCUAGGAUGGCGAAACCUGAAGAAGUUCUGGUAGUUGAAAAUGAAAAUGGUGAAGUGGUUAGGGAAUUUAUGAAAGAUACUGAUUCUAUUAAUUUGUAUAAAAAUAUGCGAGAAACAUUGGUUUACUUGACUCAUUUGGAUUAUCAAGAUACUGAGAGAAUAAUGACAGAAAAACUUCAAAAUCAAGUUAAUGGAACAGAAUGGUCAUGGAAAAAUCUUAACACCCUUUGUUGGGCAAUUGGGUCCAUAUCAGGAGCAAUGAUGGAAGAAGAUGAAAAACGUUUUUUAGUUAUUGUUAUAAAAGAACUGCUAGGUCUCUGUGAGCAAAAGAAAGGAAAAGAUAACAAAGCUAUUAUAGCCAGUAACAUCAUGUAUGUAGUUGGACAAUAUCCUCGAUUUCUCAGAGCUCAUUGGAAAUUCUUGAAAACUGUUGUAAAUAAACUUUUUGAAUUCAUGCAUGAAACACAUGAUGGUGUUCAGGAUAUGGCGUGUGAUACAUUUAUUAAAAUAGCUUUAAAAUGUCGACGCCAUUUUGUCACCACUCAAGUAGGGGAAGCUUGUCCAUUCAUUGAAGAAAUCCUUAGUACAAUCAGCUCUAUUAUCUGUGAUUUGCAGACAUUACAAGUGCAUACAUUUUAUGAAGCAGUUGGAUACAUGAUUAGUGCACAGGUGGAUCAAGUUGCACAGGAGCAAUUGAUAGAAAAGUAUAUGUUGCUACCAAAUCAGGUCUGGGAUGACAUUAUUUCUCAAGCUUCUCAUAAUGUUGAUAUUCUUAAAGAUCCUGAAGCAGUUAAACAGCUUGUGAGUAUACUGAAAACUAAUGGGCGAGCAUGUAGAGCAUUGGGUCAUCCCUAUGUAGUUCAACUCGGAAGAAUUUAUUUGGACAUGUUGAAUGUUUAUAAAGUAAUGUCAGAAAAUAUAAGUCAAGCAAUUGCUUUGAAUGGAGUAGUGGUAACUAAACAACCUCUGAUAAAAAAUAUGAGAAUAAUAAAAAAAGAAACCUUAAAAUUAAUAGCAAGUUGGGUUUCACGUUCUACAGAUAACAGUAUGGUGUUGGAAAAUUUUAUUCCUCCUUUACUUGAUGCUGUUCUCUUGGAUUAUCAAAGAACUGCAGUACCAGAUGCAAGAGAACCAGAAGUGUUAUCAUGUAUGGCAGCCAUUGUUUAUAAGCUUGGAGGCCAUAUAACUUCUGAAGUACCAAAAAUUUUUGAUGCAGUAUUUGAAUGUACUUUGGAAAUGAUUAACAAAGAUUUUGAAGAAUAUCCAGAACAUAGGACUGAAUUUUUCCUAUUAUUACAGGCAGUCAAUACACACUGUUUCAAAGCAUUCCUAAGUAUACCUCCAGCUCAAUUUAAAUUGGUGCUGGAUUCCAUAAUAUGGGCAUUUAAGCAUACAAUGAGAAAUGUAGCUGAUACAGGCCUCCAGAUAUUAUACAGACUGCUACAAAAUGUUGAACAACAUCCACAGGCAGCACAAAGUUUCUAUCAGACCUACCUAUGUGACAUCCUGGAACAUGUAUUCAGUGUCGUAACCGACACUUCCCACGGUGCUGGCCUUACGAUGCAUGCUACUAUUCUUGCAUACAUUUUUUCUCUGGUGGAAACUGGAAGAGUCUCAGUACCACUUGGUCGCACUCCCGAUAAUGUUCUAUACAUCCAGGAAUAUGUGGCUAAUCUUUUGAAAACAGCAUUCCCGCAUUUGACAGACAAUCAAGUAAAGAUAACGGUUCAAGGGCUGUUCAAUUUGGACCAAGACAUACCAGCUUUCAAAGAUCAUUUGAGAGAUUUCCUAGUGCAAAUAAGAGAGUACACAGGAGAAGACGACAGUGACUUGUAUUUAGAAGAGCGGCUUUUUGCGCUUCGUCAAGCGCAAGAAGAAAAGCGAAGGGUCCAGUUGUCUGUCCCGGGCAUUAUCAAUCCUCACGAACUGCCUGAGGAAAUGCAAGAU